UAGGACUGCAACUGGUCAAUCUCUAAUUGGCAUAUGUGCAUACUGUGCUGUAUUGCGUUGAUAUAGCCUUAAUUCACAAGCAUGGUAAGCUUACCCUGACCGGUUUAAAUCAAAGGAAAAUAUUAAAUCUAUAAUAAUAUCGCCAGCUAAUCUAUUUGGGGAUAUUGGAAUGUUUCCAUAUUCUGACAUCCUCCUAUUAGACAUACCUAAUUAUUCCAUCAUAUUUGUUACUGAAGUAAAAUUGAUUAAAUAUAUUCGUCACUCUGCAAAUGCUCGGCUGCGAAGGAAUAGCUAAUUUAUCUGCAGGUGAUUUAUAUUUUCAAAUAUACUCAAACUUUACCCGUAUCGUAUCCAUACUCCGAAAUCCAGAAUAAUUUCUAUCCAGAUGAGUGACAUUAAAACUGGAACCAUCUCCUACAUAAGUCGACGAUUUUCAGUUAUCGUAAAACGAAAACAUCCAACAAAAUAAAUCAAGGAACCAACACUUUCUUGAAGCGAAACAAGUGUCAGUUGAUCCUGUAUCGAACAACAUUCGUAGCUUUUGACGUCGAGUUCCCACUCAAAUCAUCAUUUUAUUAAUACACAUUUGAAGCUGUGGCCAUCAUACAAUAUAUCAAGCAAUAGAAGUGUGUUUCAACGGAAUUUUGAACCAUUUUCUUAAAGAUGUCGGCACACCUUAAACACGUAUCGAAUUACAACAAGCAUUCGAGUUUUUUUCUAAUCAAUGCUCAAGUUAAUUUGAUACAUCUAUGUCAAUAAAACAUGAUGAAAAUAAAAUAAAAAUAACAGACAUCACCACGUUUCAGAGUACUCAAACAAGUCUCAAUGAUUCUAUUCAUCAUUGUCGGUUUUCUACCAUAUUUACUUGGUGAGAUUGUAAAAAUUCCACUCCACCCAUUGGAAAGAUCCAAUUCAUUACUAGCACAUUAUACGAGUUACUUUAGCCCUUCAAAGAAAAUAUCUAUGUAUCAAUGGAAAAAACAAAACACAUCUAUACUAGAACAACUGAUUAAUUAUGAGAACUUUCAGUAUUAUGGUGAGAUAUCAGUGGGAACUCCACCUCAAAAGCUACGAGUGUUGUUUGAUACAGGAUCGACUGACACUUGGUUCGCUUCAAGGAAUUGUUGGUUUCUUGAUAUAUUUUGUUGGAUGUUUUCGUUUUACGAUAGCUCGAAAUCAUCGACUUAUGUAGCGGAUGGUUCCAGUUUUGAUGUUACCUAUCUGGAUAGUAAUUACUCUGGAUUUUGGAGUCUGGACAACAUACGAAUAGGCUCGUUGGUGAUUCGGAAUCAAGCGUUUGCUGAAAUGAGGAAUAUAUUUAGUCUGGAUUACUUCACUAACAAGUAUGAUGGAAUAAUUGGCAUGUCGAGUAGGAGGAUAUCGAAAUUUGGUAAAAUUCCGAUGUUCCCGAAUUUACUGGCAAAUAGUGUGAAUAUGGACCCAAUAUUUUCAUUUUAUUUAAAUCAACAUUUAUCUUUCCAGUUCAAAAUGACCAGUAAUAAGACUUAUCAGGAAUCAUCUUUGUGUAUUCAUCAACUAACACUUCUAUUUCUUUCUGUGUUAUCGUUUUACCCAAUCAAUUUUAUUAUCGUUUACAUGGAUGGUGUAAGUCGACAAUAUAGAAUGAGUAUAACUUACAUGCCAAACAGACAUGAAACAGAGUGAUUAUACAUUUUGACUUAUUCACGUAUCAGGUGAUACCAUGAAGACAUUGUUGAUUUCAGUUGGUGUAAUGUUUUACACUAAUGUAUUUUUACAGUGGAAAUAAUAUGAAUGGAUUUAUUUAAUAAUUGGUUGUAGAGAAAACGGGGCUCCGAUCGGUGGUGAAAUGGUACUCGGUGGUGUUAAUCCUGAAUACUUUGAGGGAGAUUUCGAAUAUAUGCCUACCGUUUACAACAAUAUAUGGGCAGUUGGAAUGUCAAGGUAGUGUUUGAUCAAAUACAAUAAGUAAAUUUUAUUCGCUUUCCGAAAGUGCGAAUUAGCUUGUUGGAAGUUUGUUUGGUCGACUGAAGUUGCAUGUUGUUUUAUUUGUCUGAUUGAGGUGAUGCAGAAAAGUCGAUAUUAUUUGAACCGCUUUUCGUAUUUAGAUAACUGAUUGAAAUUCGAUUUGGAAACUCAUGAGAGAUUGUUUCUUCAUGCACAAUGUAUAUGUAUAUAUAUUUGAAUAUUGAUUUACGAGAAGUGUUUAAAGCAGAGCUAACCUCGCCAGUAGGUCUCCAUCAUCUAAUACAAAACGAUAAAAUUCAUGAUUCUUAUUAUAUACUCUCAAGAAAACCGUAGUGAGCGGUCUAUUUAUUUCGAUGGUAAUGUAAAUCAACUGGCUUCUUCAUUUACCUUUUGCAAGAAACCAACAUAAUUUUGUUUGGUAAUGUAUGAAAGAUAAAUUGAUCCCAUUCAUCAAGCUUCAUAAAAUGAAUGCCACGAUAAGUGACUUCAUAUCCAAUGGACUAAUUUUUUCUGAAGUCACUAUAAAGGAUUUCUGUGGUGAUCCCCGUAGUAAGGUGAAUUUCUGAAAUCUACAAAAAUUUCAUUUCCUCACCAAAUCGAACACACAUCAGUCACACACACUUAGCCAAUCAAGUGACUACAUCUUAUUCACAGAUCAUGUAUACAACUGAGCUAUUAAUCUCAACAAUGCUUCAUACUAUGGUCACCAAUAUACUUGUUGACAAUUUGCAAUUCCUAUUAUUUGGCAAGCUCACAGGUAAACGUGCUUCGAAUAAUACCGUGUGAAGUGUUGCCAACUUCUUACUUCAAAUGAAAGAACAUGACCAACUUAAAAAUGAAAUAUGUCUGCUCAAUCUGUCAGUGAGUUCAAACCAUGACGAUGAUAUUGCAUUUCAUUGCGCUAGUUAUAUGAAACUAGUGUAACUGGAGAUAUAAUUAUUAGGCGAAGAUGACUGUUGCAUAAAUGAUACACUGAUUGAUAUAUAAAUAAGCCUAUGUACGAUUUAGUCUGGUAUCUUUCUAAAAGAUUUACAAGGCGAUUACAUUUAUUCAACAUUUUCACCAUUUUUACUUUACCCCUUUCAUAUUUCUUUUUAUUUGCAACUGUUAUUCUACAACUACAUUAGGUAACGUUAUGUACUUCUGGAAUGAAUUGUGCUUGUUUGUCGACUCAUCCUUGAUGUAGCUCACAUGUAUCGCUAGAAUAUCCCAUUCGAAGUGUAAUUUCGCUCAAAAUUUCUAACAAGUUAACAAGUAUUUAUGGUUUUUAUGCAACAAAUUGUUAGUGUUGAUUCCGUUUUUAAACUGUCAGUUCAGUUCUCCACAUAUACAUUGUUGUUCCUCAGUCAUGUUACUUACUGUCUUGUAGUAAGUAGUUCAUGUUGUCGACGAACAACUUUGGACGUGUUUCUCAUAAAAUCGGCUUAUUGGUUCAAGCGACAUAAAUAAAUAUUUAUAGAAAUGUUAUGCAUUUCAUCCAUUCUAUUACUAUGAUUGUAUCUCCCCAUCAUUCUCAGUUAUUUUCGUUUGUUUCACGUGUUGUUCAAUGUAGUUUGAUUUACUUGCAAUAACUAUCAAGUUCGAUGUUGACUCGUUUUCAGUUUAAUUCUCCAUGAAUCACGUUAUUCUAAUUCGUCAAAAGUUAUUAACUGUACCUAAGCACAUUGUUUCUCGUUUGGGCGUUCACUGAACUCAUCUUAACGUCAUUGAUUGUGAUAUGAGCUGUCGUUCAUACCUUGAAUCCCAAAAGACUUCACGUUUGUAAAUACUAUUGUUCAUGUCGUCUUGCCAUUAUAAGUAACCUAUUUAGCACAUAAAUAUAUUGUCUCGAUUUUGGGAUUUCACAUGUCACUCACUUGUUUGGUGAGAACUCAACAGUUACACUGACUUGAAUGUGGAUGUUAUCGAGAAUGUCAAUACCAACAAGUAGACUCAUUCGUUCAGCGAACUGUAUUCAGAAUGAAAUGUAUAUCCAUUAGAAGUUGCUAGAGAAAGUUAAUUUACGAAAUGUUUAAAUAAUCCGAUUCCAUGUUCAUUUUCUAAAUCGAACUCGUUUUGUUUAUUUUUUGAUUAGUUCUACAUCUUGUUUUUUGCUGUUGUUGAUGUUUUAAUGUCCAUUCAGUUUGAUAAUAAAGGGUGUUGAACUUUGCAAUGAAUGUACUGCUACUAUUGACACUGGGACAUCAGUGAUUCUGGGUGAAAGAGAGCAAGUGACAAGAAUCAACUCACUGCUCGGUGUUUCCUAUCAUGUUAUUGGAAGAAAUGUCCUUGACUGUAGCCGAAUUGACAUGUUGCCUCCGAUCGAGUUUAUCUUUCAGAAAAGGAAGUACAUAUUGCUGCCACAACAUUAUGUUGUUAAGGAGCACCUUUGGCUUGGAACAAUGUGCUCAUCACCUUUUGAGGCUGAUGAUUCCUUACCAUCGAAUGUUUGGAUACUUGGUGACGUUUUUAUGAGAAGAUUCUAUACGGUAUUUGAUUUCGGUCAGAAACGUAUUGGAUUAACGUAUGUUACAAAUAAGAAGAAUGGAACGACAAGUUAAGUAAACAGUAAUAUGUUGCUAAAAUAUAGAAAUCACAAUUGUGUGUACAACAGUGAAUCAAAUAUAUAAAUACGAACAAAUCAUUACGCGAUUCAUUAUGCUGAAAAUGUUACCUCAUAUCUAUUUAACUUAAAAUAUUACACACGAUACAUUGUAAUAUACUUCUACUUUCUAUUCAAA